CAGCAAACCUACCACCAUACACUAUCCCCACCAAUUAAUAUACGCCAACCGCCACCUAAUUAUUUCAACCAAAACCUUCCAAUUUAUUGCGUCUCCAGUUUUUUCAUCUUCUUCUUAGUGCAAUCAAAUGUGUGUUUGAUUGAACAACUCUUCACGUAUCUUAUGGUGUUCGGUUUAGAUACUUGAAGUAAGGAGCAAGUUGAAUAAACCAUGGAACACUACGACAAGAUUUAUUUGGUUGUGUAUGGAGUCAUCUCAUGGACAAGUGCAUUCUUGUUAAUAAGAAAGAUUUUCCCGAAAAGAUCUUUUGAUUUCUCUAACCGUAUAGUUUCGACGAUUCAUGCUUUGUUUGCUGUUGUCUUGUCGUCUAUGUCUGUUCAAGACUGGAGAUGCCCAGUUUGUCCCUUGGCCUCAAACUCAACCCCUGUUCAGAUGAGAGCUCUAUCAUUAGCAUUGUUGGAGUUGUAGCGGGUCUUGCUUAUGAGAAGUGUGGUUCAGAAAUGAUGGUUACAAUGUGGAUCACUGAAAUCUCGAGUCCAUUUCUCCAUUUAAGAGAGAUUCUCAAAGAGCUUGGUUAUAAGGAUACUGAUAUCAAUUUAGCAGCUGAUGUUUCAUUUGCGGUGAUUUUCUCAAUUGCAAGGAUGUGUGUUGGACCAUAUUUGUGCUAUGUUACACUAUCUGCCGAUAAUCCUAUUCUCAUCAAGGCAAUGGCCUUGGGACUUCAGUUAGUAAGUGCUUUCUGGUUCUUCAAGAUUGCAAGGAUGGUGAAAUAUAAAUUCGUCAAGAGAUCCGCAUCCAAAACCAAAAGUAGUUAGCUCUAUCCCCAUUUAUGUAUAACAAUUCAUUCAAGAUCUUUACUUUUCUUGAAUAUUUAUCAUAAAUUUCAAAUUUCAAAUAUAAUUAUUUAAUUUCUGCUGGAUAUCCGUAAUUGACUUAGAUCAACGAUGUGUCAUGCCUAAAUGACUUUUAAUGAAUUAAACUUUGCCAUUGUGGUAUCCAAUGUUGGCAUUCAACACACAUAUACUUCAAUAGUCAUUCAACUUUUCAAUUCGAAAAUGAAAC